AUGAAGAAGAAGAAGAAGAAGAAGAAGAAGAAGAAGCAAGGAGAAAAGAGAAAGGUGAAGAGAGGGGAAAGGAGAAUGGGAAUAUGCAAGGAGAAGAGGGGAAAGCAGAUGUAUACUGUAACGAUGGGGAUUGGUGGAAAAUCCGAUCGGAUAAGGGAACAUCUGAGGAUAUGCAACUUCAAUGCAGAUUAA